AUGACGGCCAACGAUUAUGAGCUCUUUCGUCAAUUCUUCCGGAUAAGCAUCGAGCAUCGAACGCCCAACGCUACUUUGGGAACGGGGCACCCAGACUUUAGUGAACAGGGUAUUUACCUGUACGAUACUUCACCUAUGACGGAUGAGGAUGUAGACCACCUAGUUCAUCCGAAUACUACCUCGGCUUUCUUCGCUAUCCAUAUAGAGCUACUUGAGAGCUUCAGAAUUCACGUUGUGAGAAAGUUCGGGUUUACCAGUAUUUAUUUUCAUGAUCGAGGCACCAAGCUUCUGAGCGAUCUCGUCAUCAAGAAAGAUUACCCUCCAAACUAA